AUGACCAGAGUCAAGACCUGGACGGCCCUACAGGCGCUGGCCUGCCUCGGCACGCUGCUUGGCCAGGCCGGGCUCUCCCGCGCCGACAACCCCAUCGUCCAGACCGACUUUACCACGGACCCGGCACCCAUGGUCUACAACAACCGCCUGUACGUCUUUACGGGCCAGGACGAGGACGGCUCGACGACAUACAACAUGAAGAAGUGGCGCCUCUACUCGACCGACGACAUGGCCAACUGGCGACACCACGGCUCGCCCUUGAGCCUUGCAACCUUCUCGUGGGCCGACGCGAACGCCUGGGCGCCCCAGGCCAUCGCGCGCAACGGGAAAUUCUACAUCUACGUGCCCAUCCGGCGCCGCGGGGGACAGAUGGCCAUCGGCGUGGGCGUCGCCGACUCGAUCGAGGGGCCCUGGAAGGACGCCAUCGGGGGACCCCUCGUCGAGAACGCCGAGAUCGACCCGACCGUGUUCGUCGACGACGACGGGCAGGCGUACCUGUUCUGGGGCAACCCGCGGCUCGCGUACGUGCGGCUCAACGCCGACAUGAAGUCGUACAGCGGCGGCGUCAACUACGUCACGCUGAACACGGGCAGCUUCGGCCCGCGGCCCAGUCCGACGACCCAGCGGCCCGCCGCGUACGAGGAAGGGCCCUGGCUGUACAAGCGCAACGGCCUGUACUACAUGGUCUACGCGGCCAACUGCUGCUCCGAGGACAUCCGGUACUCCACGGCUCCCAGCGUCACAGGGCCCUGGACGUACCGCGGAGUCGUCAUGGCCACCGAGGGCAAGAGCUUCACGAACCACCCGGGCAUCAUCGACUACGGGGGGAACUCGUACUUUUUCUACCACAACGGCGCGCUGCCGGGGGGAGGCGGGUACCAGCGCAGCGUGUCCGUCGAAGGGUUCCGGUACAACUCUGACGGCACGAUCCCGCAGCUGCGGAUGAGCACGGGCGGGCCCGCGCAGAUCAAGAGCCUGGACCCGUUUGUGAGGCAGGAGGCCGAGACGAUCGCGUGGACCGAGGGCGUCGAGGUCGAGGCGUGCAGCGAGGGAGGAAUCAACGUCGCCAACAUCAACAACGGGGACUACAUCAAGGUCAAGGGCGUCGACUUCAAGGGCGGCGCCAGCUCGUUCACGGCGCGCGUCUCCUCGGCCACGAGCGGCGGCAGGAUCGAGCUGCGGACCGGCAGCAAGUCGGGCAGCCUCGUGGGGACUUGCACCGUCCCCGCGACGGGGGGCUGGCAGACCUGGCAGACGGUGACGUGCCGGCUGAGCACGACCGUCAGCGGCGUGCAGGACUUGUUCCUCGUGUUUAUGGGGUCCGGCACUGGGUUCUUGUUCAACAUCAACUGGUGGCAAUUUGCGCAGUAG